AUGCGAUCAUCUCUUUACAGGAUCCUGCAGUUUUCCCGGCCGGUUCUGUUAGAAGAUCUGUACGCCAAAGCUAAAGUGGCCUUCGGGCAUUGUAUGGAUCUGCACUACAGCAACAAUGAGCUGGUGAUCCCACUGAAAACCCAGGAUGAUCUGGACAAGGCGGUGGAGCUGCUGGACCGGAGCGCUCACAUGAAGAGUCUGAAGAUCCUGCUGGUCCUGCAUGUUCACAGCCAGGCCACCCGCUUGUGUGACAUGGAGCACAUGCCUUCCCUACAGGAUCUGGAUAACACAGUGUUUGGAGGGACAGAGACGAAAGAAAAGAAUCCAGUCAUUGGAAAUCAUACGAGGGACAGGAGUUCCCCUCCUCCAGGUUACAUUCCAGAUGAACUGCACCAAGUGGUUCGAAACGGCUCCUUCACGAGCAUUAACAGUGAGGGGGAGUUCAUUCCUGAGAGUAUGGACCAGAUGCUGGACCCUCUGUCUCUCAGCAGUCCUGAAAACUCCGGCUCUGGCAGCUGCCCGUCUCUGGACAGCCCUUUAGAUGGGGAAAGUUAUCACAAGUCCAGAAUGCCGAGAGCUCAGAGCUAUCCUGACAACUACCAGGAGUUCUCAGAGUACGACAUUCCAGUGUUUGAGAAAUUCGGGAAGGGCGGCACGUAUCCACGGAGGUACCACAUCUCUUAUCUUCAUCAGGAUUACAGCGAUGGCCGGAAAACCUUUCCAAGAGCCAGAAGGACCCAGGGGAACAGCUUCCGGUCUACAGUCAGCUUCAGUCCCACCGAUCACUCACUGAGCACCAGCAGCGGUAGCAGCGUUUUCACCCCCGAGUAUGAAGACAACCGGCUACGGAGAAGAGGGAGCGACAUAGACAACCCCACCUUAACAGUCAUGGAUAUAAGUCCUCCCAGCCGAUCACCACGUGCCCCAUCAAACUGGAGACUUGGGAAGCUCUUGGGGCAGGGGGCCUUCGGCCGGGUGUACCUGUGCUACGAUGCCGAUACUGGGAGAGAACUGGCUGUGAAACAAGUCCAGUAUGAUCCAGACAGUCCGGAGACCAGUAAGGAAGUGAAUGCGCUGGAGUGUGAAAUACAAUUGCUAAAAAACCUCCUUCACGAGCGAAUCGUUCAGUAUUACGGCUGCUUGAGAGAUUCCCAGGAGAAGACGCUCUCUAUAUUCAUGGAGUACAUGCCGGGGGGAUCCAUAAAGGACCAACUCAAGGCGUACGGAGCACUUACCGAAUUUGUAACACGGAAAUACACCCGCCAGAUCCUGGACGGCGUCCACUAUUUACACAGUAAUAUGAUUGUACAUAGAGAUAUUAAAGGAGCCAAUAUUCUCAGAGACUCUUCAGGCAACGUCAAGCUCGGAGACUUUGGAGCCAGCAAACGGCUUCAGACCAUCUGCAUGUCUGGUACCGGAAUGAAGUCUGUCACUGGUACGCCAUACUGGAUGAGCCCAGAGGUCAUCAGCGGGGAAGGGUACGGCAGGAAGGCAGAUAUCUGGAGCAUCGGAUGUACAGUUGUGGAAAUGCUGACUGAGAAGCCCCCGUGGGCAGAGUACGAGGCCAUGGCCGCCAUUUUUAAAAUCGCCACCCAGACCACCAACCCACAGUUGCCAGCAAACGUAUCGGACCACACGCGGGACUUCCUGAAAAGGAUUUUCGUGGAGGCCAAACUGCGGCCGUCCGCUGAAGAGCUCCUCAGGCACACGUUCGCCCAGUGUCACUAGUGACUCCGUUCUUCCUUUUUUUUGCUGCGUUCUUUCCUUCCAAAGCUGAUGGCACUUUAACCGCCAAGUAAAGAGUCGGCAGAACGACGCUUCCUCUCGAUGAUUCCUCCAUCUUCUCGGAGGCGAUGGUUGUGGUGAACACUUGGGACGUGUUUUCCCCUCCCCCACAAGGUUCAGCAACGUGAAGUCGAAGCACUUUAGAACAUUUUCCUUUUCCGGUCGGGUGGAGGCCGGAACCUUUUGGUACAGAAGAGGAGUCCGAUCAUUGUGAAGGACCAGAGCCAUCAGGCAUGUGGCAGCUUUACUCCGUGGCCCCGGGCGGCAGCGGUGGCGGCUCUGCCGGGGAUCACGGCUGCUUUUAAUUUUUCGUUAAAUGUUAAAACAUUUUUCAAUUCUAAGACCUGUUUUACAUCAUUCCCUACACGCACAUGAGGGAACCCGUCAGCAGGGAUGACCCGGGCUGUAUUCACAUGAAGGGAUUUCUGGGAUCCUGCUCGAAUUACGUUCUGCAAUCUUGCGGAUCAUGUGUGAAUGUUGUGCGAAAUUUCUGUGCGCUCAACGGACUUCCCUUUGACUUCAAUGAGAUUCCGCAAAACGUAAAGACAGGUUCAGUGUUACUAAAUGCGGAAACUCCUACAUGUGAAUGGGACUAUUCAAUCCCCAUUCAACACAAUGGGGGACAUGUAUCAAAGAUUUUACCCCUGUUUUGUGUUUAAAUUUUUGCGCAAAAUUUUCCGCUAGCUGAUUUUUUCUUGUUUCUUUAUUUCUUUUUUUUUCCCUCAUUUUUUUUCUUCUUUUUUUUUUCUUCUUUUUUAAAUUGUUAUCUUCUUUUUUUUUUUUAUUUCUUUAUUUUCUUCUUUCUUUUUUUUCUUCUUUGCGUACAUUCUGGUGGAGCAUUUCCUCCAGAUGUGUAGGUUUCGGUGUACCUUUGAGUGACCUAUUUAGUACGCACAAAUUUAUUAACUGCGUACAUUUCAUUUGCCCGCAGAAAUCUUGCGCAAUGACCAUAUUUUUAACGCAAAUAUGAGCCAUCAUGGACUGCACGUAGCAAGAUGCUCUAAAUCGUCGAUUCCGUUUUUUUUAAAAUAGUGGAGGUCAGAGGAGAUUACUGUAUCUGCCCGCAAUUUAUGAAACCCUUUGCGCUUGAUUGAAAAAUGUUGUGCUUCUGCGCAUAAUUUAGAAUUUGGCAAAAGGGGUAAACGGAUUCUACACAAAUAAUGAUACGUGUCCCCCAAUGUGCAGUAAAUUUUGCAGAAAUUCGGCCUUGUGAAUGCAGCCUAACGCUAAACCUGCGGUUGCCUUAAAAGCAGGAAGUAUUGAAUUGGGACAUGUGGCCUAAUGCGCCAUUCUAGGCUAGUGUUUCCCAACCAGUGUUCUUCCAGCUGUUUCAAAACUACAACUCCCAGCAUGCCCGGAGAGCCAGCCGAACGCUAAACCUGAGGUUGCCUGAAAAAGCAACUAAGUAUUGUAUUGGGACAUGUG